UCUGCUGUGUAAGGCCCACGUAAGGUCGUUUCUCCUUUAGUAGAAGUUCAUGGAAGAACUGUGAGGACCACCCUGGGGACGAGAAACAUCCAGUGUCAUGAACGGAGCACGGUGACUUGAAACGAGAGUUCCUUAGGCCAGGGUGCUUUUGGAGAGAAUGGUGUCAGCCUGGUGCAGUUUAUGGCCACAGAAUUAAGGCAAGGGUUGAAUUCCACGUGUCAAACACCAACCCUUUUCAGAAACCCAACUCUCUGGGACACCCAGGGACCCAGACUGGAUUGAGAAGAAAACACAGUUGCAGGCUUCCUUCUCUCCCUGGGCUAUCUGGGAAGUUGCUAACGGAGUAUUGGUGCUGGACAGCUGCUUCCCUCCACUCCACUGCACGGAACCAAGCCCUAGGGAUGUGACAGCUGCCCAUGGUGUCUGCUGCGGCUCCCCUUGGGGAUGGCGGAGUUGCGAGGGAUGCUCUUGCUGCUGCUCUGUGUCUCCCACUCUUCUGCCACAGACUGUGGCAUCCAGAGAUCCUCCAGUGUGGACGAGUCCGAGGAGAACGUGGUCAGCAGCACGGAGUUCCCGUGGGUGGUGUCGGUGCAGGACUCGCAGUACGUCCACCUGGCUUUCGGCUGCAUCCUCAGCGAGUUCUGGAUCCUCAGCAUCGCAUCCGCCUUUCAGAACAGGAAGGACGCUAUCAUUGUGGUUGGCAUAGCUAACAUGGAUCCCAGGAAGACUGCUCGCACAGAGUAUCCGGUCAAUACAAUCAUCAUCCACGAGGACUUCGAUAACCACUCAAUGAACAACAACAUAGCCCUGCUGAAGACAGACUCAGCAAUAUAUUUCAACGAACUGGUCCAGUCCAUCUGCUUCCUCGGCAGAAGGCUGCACAUGCCACCAGCCUUGCGGAACUGCUGGGUGUCGGGAUGGAACCCCACGUCUGCAACAGGAAAUCAAAUGACGAUGAGCAUCCUGAGGAAAAUCUCCGUGACAGACAUCAACCUGUGUUCCUCACACAAACUCAAGAAAACGGGAUGUGGCCACCACCUAGAGCAGGAAACUGAGGCUGUCUGCUUGGGAGAACCAGGAAACCCGAUUAUGUGCCAGCUACAGCAGUCGGAUCUGUGGGUCCUGAGGGGAGUCCUGACCGAAGGUGGCGAGCCGUGCCCUGGCCUGUUUCUAUACACCAAGGUGGAAGACUACAGCGACUGGAUCAUGUCCAAGACGAGGAGGGCCAGUCCUCCCCUGUCUUCACUCCACCACUGGGAGGAGCUGAUGUCUUUCCCCAAGGACGAGUCGCAGCGUCACGGUGUCGUGACACAGAGUGUGCGCAUUCAGCUGGACUAUGUCCCAUGGUCCCAAAGAAAGACCACCAUGCAUCCAUGGCCAGCAAACAGCUCUAGAGACAGUCUAGACUUCAGGGGAAAGAGCCUGGGGGAGUCGCGCAGCUCCUCUGAGCAGGCCAUACAACCUGCGUACUAUGACUAUUACGGAGGGGAGGCUGGGCAGGGUGGGUCUAUCGCAGGCCAGAACAGGUUGCAUCAGCCCCAAGAAAUUUUCUCUGUUUUCUUUGUGCUCGCUUUCUUUUGUAGCGGUGUCUAGUCUAGGUGCUAACUCACCACGCAGAAGAGUAAGCUCAGAAUGUUGAGUGCCAGGCAUUCACCAUGCUGUUUGGGUGUCUGUUUUUGAUAGUUGCACACCUGGGUGCCACAGAUAGGCCCACAGCACACACGGGGCCGGCUCUCCCUCCUCUGUCCCACUCCCACCUGCGGGAAGGUCACUUUCAAAAUUUGUGCUUGUGAACUAAAUGUGGGCUUACAAGUGCCAAACUA